CUUCUUCAGUGAUUUGGAACGAGUUAUAUUCCAUGGAGACCAUAAAUGAAAUUUACAAAAUUAAAACAAGCAUCAAUGUGAUCUUACACCGGAAGUGGUUAUAAUAAAGGGGGAUUGUGAGUUGUCCUUCUUUGUUCAGAAGUUGCAGAAGCUGAGCGAGGCAUGCUUUGAAGAUUCUCCACAUUUCUUUCUUGAAAUUAUGGCUUCUUUUGUGUUAAGGGUUCUUUCAUUGACUUUGGGGAUAUUUUUCAUUUUUAUAGGAACGUUGAAAUUGUCACCGUCUAUCAAUGAUGAGCUGUACAGGCAAAUGAGGAGGUCGUUUAUUAAGAGUGCCAACGUAUUCCCACUUUGGAAACUUACAGGAUGGAGACCAAGCCCACACAUGUACAGGAAGAUGUUUGGCGGAACAGAAAUUAUUUGUGGAGUGAUACUGGUAGCCAUACCUGGUCCAUUAAAAGAUGUGGUGAAUGUUGUGAUGUUGCUGAUGAUGCUGUUGGAUGUAUACACACACUGGGCAUUAGAUGAGGGUCUUGACAAAAUGAGUCUGUCCAUUGUGUUCCUGUUACUGCUCACGUGUCGUCUAAUUGUCUACCUUCAGGUCAAGUUACGCAAUAUGGAAGAGGCCAAAGAUGAGAAAAAGAAUAAAAUGGAAGAAACUGCUGCAAAGACAGCAACCCAAGUAAAGAAGGACCAGUAAAUUAUAACAAUUAUAACAUUUACUGGAGAUGUAAACAAAAUCAUGUUUAAAUAUCAUCUCAAAAUGUAAAUUUAUAACACAAUUUCUUUGGUAUAAAUACAAUAGAAAUUUAAUUGUCUUUUGGUAUAAUCUAAACAUGCAGAAUCUUAACUGAAUCAUGUUCAAAUAUAAUCAUCUCAAAAACUGUUUUUAAAAAACAAAUAUAACAGUUUCUUUCGACAAUUUCAAUGUCUUUUGUAUAAUCUUAACAUGAAUACUCAUCCUUUUUAUUACAAUCGGAAGAUAUUUCAGAAACAAAUACUAGAGAGAUUCAUUGUAAGUUUAAGGUUUUGAAGUGGAUGAUAGGAAUGCAUGUUCAUACGUUGAUAUUGGCUUUUUACACCAAACAGCAGCAUAAGUGUCCUAAGAUGGUUGAAUAUAUUGUUUUCUGGUACAUUGUAAACUUUGUCAAAAUGAUGUUUUCAACCAUCUUAGGCCACUCAACAUGUUACCCCUUUCCAAUUUGUAAAGGGGUGACAUGUUGGGUGGCUUAAGAUGGUUGAAAACAUUGUUUCCUGGUACAUUGUUAAGGGAUAACAUGUUGGGUGAAAAUGUUAUUGAAAUACUAGUUUUCUUUGUUUUACAGAGUUCUGUGAUUUUUUUUAACAUUCAUGAUAUUCGGCCUGUCAAACCUAUAUAUAUACAUGUAUAUGUAAAACUUGAAUGUUUUAGUAGAAUUAACACAUACUGGUACCUCUGUUCAUUGUGAUUGUGAAGGAUUCAUUUUGAUGAGUUAUUACAUGUAUUAAAAAAAUCUGUUAAGUCUAAUAAUGAAUGCAUGCCAUGACAAUAAGACCAUAUAUUAACACCUAUAAUUCAGUGAAAUAUGAUCAUUAAAACAUAUGUAAGGACAGAAUGUAGACCUCUCAUUGUCUGAUCAGAAUCUUCAGUAAUUGUCAUGUUGUUUAGGAAACCAAGUACUAACACAAGUAUUAGUGGUGUGAGAAUCAUUUUCUGGAGGUAUUUGAGAGUAUGGAGUUAAAGGCUAACAACAAUUAAUCCUUUUUCAGGUUUUUUGCACCUGUUGAGUGUAUUUACAAUGUUAAUGGAUCCUUCUUAAGAUCUUGAAAUCCCUCUUAUGGAUGAUGGUCAUCAAUGAGUUUAUAUAGCAUCAAAAAUAUCAUGAAUAUUGGCAUGCACUUAUGGAUUUAAAACAUGCAACUCAAAUUCUGUAAAAACGAUGAUCAAUUCCUUAGUGAUUUGAAAUAAGAACCUAAAAUUGGUUGUUUUUGUCUAGCUCAAACUUAGAUGUUGCUUUUCCGUCUGCGGCAGUCCACAUUGAGUUUUUGAGAAAGGAAAUGAAGUUUAUAUUUAAGGUAAAUCUUAACCAUGUUAGAGGUUGGAUAUUACUUAUGCUAAACUCUAUUUAUUUACUUUAGUAUACAAUUUAUGGCCAAUUUUUCAGCUUCACUAUUUAAGGGUUUUCUUUAGAAAAACGGCUCCUAUUGUCAAAAGGAAUAGAUUGUAUACAGAUGUAUUAUGAAGAAUAAUGUUUUUCAUCUUCACCAGGUGCAAUUUUCAUGUAUAUCAUAAUUCUAUGUCUUCAUUAAUAUCUCUAGACAGUUUAAUAAACAAUACUAACAAAUAUUCAAAAUCUAGUACUUUCUGUCAGAAAUCAUUAAUAAAAAAAUGUUUAUUUCAAAAUAGUCAUAGAAGGAAAAAAUGCACAGCAAUCCCCAAUUUUCUUUUUAAUAUAAGUUUAAGAUACAUGAUGGACACAAAAUCAGUCUAGUUAGAUUAAAAGCUUAGAUGUUUGUGCAUAAUGAUCUAUCAUUCUUAAGAACAAAUAUUUUUCUUACCUUUUUUUAAAUAACUUUUUACUAAAAUCAUUGGAGUGAAAUGUUAUUCUUUUUCGGGCUGCAGUAUAAAUGUGUGUGAAUUCUUAAAUAGGUUAUACAGAAAUUGAAAUUCAGACUAAACCUGAAUGUUUGGUAAGAUUUUAUUUGUUUCAAAAUAAAUUUGAUAGUUUUCUUAAUAAUUCAGAUGUAGAACUUUUCUUGUAAAUUAAAUGGUUUUAACAGCAAGAGUAAGUUUUGAUAGAGUGUGAUUCACGAAGCUAUCUUUUGUACCAUCAGUUACCAUACAUAACCAUGAUCUCUUACCCCGUAAUUCCUAAUACCAUACUUGUUAUUUGAUGCCCAUUGUUUUUGUUAGUAUGACAAUAUUCAUUCCUCAGCACAAGUCUAUACUUGAGUUUAUACUUUAUUGUAUAUAUUUUUCAAGCCUUUUUUCCUUCUUUUUUUUUAAGAAAUAGUUUUGCAGCAAGUUAUUUCUGGUGAUAUCUCCAUGUACAGGAGUAUCUGAGUGUCUGAGUAUCUAUUCCUUGUCUUGUAUUUCAAACCAUUUGACUAGUUGGGCAAGAUUUUAUCACUAACCAAAUAGGGACGAACCUAGUGUCUGAUGUAGUCUUCUGAUGGGUUUUGCAUAAGUUCUUCAACGUAUUAUUAGUUACACAGUUUGUUAGUGACCUAAUACGGAAAAAUAUUGGGUCUAAAAGAAACUUCUAUCGGGCGAGGCGAACAAGUUUCUUUUAGACCCAAUCUUUUUCCGUAUUAGGUCACUAACAAACUGUGUAACAAAUUUAUCCCGUCGAAGGCCCUUUGGAUAAAAAAAACUGCAAAAUAAUACAAAAUUCAACAUUUAUUCCAACAAUAACAAUUUUAGCAUAUAAAAUUUAGUACAUAAUUUGUUAACAACAACAAAAGUUUAACAAAGAUAAUUCGGUAUUUCACAAAUAUUUUCAGUGAACUUUCAUGUCCUUUGUUAACAUUCAUCGGCUGUCGUCUGCACAAACCGCUUGGUCGCCAUCUUGUUACAAGUUGACUAUUAUGGGCAAAGAACGAUAACUCUUUCGUACUCACCUAAUGUGAGAUUCUACUGACCUAAUAUGAAAAUAUACUGGAUAUCAUGUGACAUCGUUUUAACCAAUAGGACUACAGGAUUUUUGCCUGAGGCGGGAUAAGUAGUCAUAUGUGGUAGCUUUUGUUGUUACUCUUGAAAAUGUUGCUUUUUUUAGUAUUGUACUUUUUAUUUAAGAGGCAGAUUUCCAUCGUGAUAUGUACAUUUCAUUGAACAAUUUGACAUUUUGGAUAAUAAAGUCAACCCUAAUUAGUUUAUUGCAAGUGACCAGUAGUUUAGUUGAUAAAUAAGAGUAUCACUGAAGAGGUUUAGACUGGAAAGAAAUUUAACCAAAUGAGAAACAAGGAUCCCUUAGCCAAAGUUACUUAGUGUUGUAUAAACAAAGAGUGUGUCCCUCCUUGAGACAGAGGAGUUGGGUCCAUCAGGUGAAAUGGGGCACAUCUUCAAAAACUUUUUUUACUUUAGAACAAGUGUAGACCGGGUCUAUCACCUAAUUUGGUACAAAGAGUUUCUUGGCCAAGGGGUACUGAAUGUUGUAUAAAUGAAGGCAUUACCCGCCACACCCCUGCAGCCAGACCUUUCAUUACAGACCGGCAACCAGUACCUGACAACUACCCCAUGUAGGCUUCAAACCCACGACCCAGUGGUAGAGGGCUGGUGAUUGUAGAUGGACAGAUACCUCAACCACUGUAGAAUAAGUACAUAUAUAUAAUUUUGGCCAACAUAGGAUUUGAGGCCUAAUAUAUGAAAAAGAAAAAAUAUUACUAUCAUUGUCAAAAAUAAAUCUGUUGUAAGCUGGUUUAUAUUUGGCUCUUUUAGUAUGUAUGUUUCAUGUUAAACAUGACAGAAGCAAAAACCAGGUGGGCCAACCAGGCCCUGGGCCUCUUGUUUCACUCCUGUCGCACAUUUAAAGGAGGGCCAACCAGGCCCUGGGCCUCUAGUUUCAUUCCUGUCACACAUUUAAAGGAGGGCCAACCAGGCCCUGGGCCUCUUGUUUCACUCCUGUCGCACAUUUAAAGGAGGGCCAACAAGGCCCUGGGCCUCUUGUUUCACUCCUGUCACACAUUUAAAGGACGGCCAACCUGGCCCUGGGCCUCUUGUUUCACUCCUGUCACAUUAAAAGGACGGCCAACCAGGCCAUUGGGCCACUUGUUUCACUCCUGUCACACAUUUAAAGGAGGGCCAACCAGCCCUUGAGCCUCUUGUUUCACUCCUGUCACACAUUUAAAAGGAGGGCCAACCAGGCCCUUGGGCAUCUUGUUUCACUCCUGUCACACAUUUAAAGGAGGACCAACCAGGCCCUGGGCCUCUGUUUCACUCCUGUCACACAGUUAAAGGAGGGCCAACCAGGCCCUUGAGCUUCUUGUUUCACUCCUGUCAUACAUUUAAAGGAGGGCCAACCAGGCCCUGGGCCACUUGUUUCACUCCUGUCGCACAUUUAAAGGAGGGCCAACCAGGCCCUUGGGCAUCUUGUUUCUUUCCUGUCACACAUUUAAAGGAGGACCAACCAGGCCGUUGGGCCUCUGUUUCACUCCUGUCACACAUUUAAAGGAGGGCCAACCAGGCCCUUGAGCUUCUUAUUUCAUUCCUGUCACACAUUUAAAGGAGGGCCAACCAGGCCCUGGGCCUCUUGUUUCACUCCUGUCACACAUUUAAAGGAGGGCCAACCAGGCCCUUGGGCCUCUUGUUUCUUUCCUGUCACACAUUUAAAGGAGGACCAACCAGGCCCUUGGGCCACUUGUUUCAUUCCUGUCACACAUUUAAAGGAGGGCCAACCAGGCCCUUGAGCCUCUUGAUUCACUCCUGUCACUCGUUUAAAGGAGGUCCAACCAGGCCCUUGGGCUUCUUGUUUCGCUCCUGUCACACAUUUAAAGGAGGGCCAACCAGGCUUUUGAGCUUCUUGAUUCACUCCUGUCACACAUUUAAAGGAGGCACAAUGGUUGUUCCUGAAUUUUUUCUCCUACAUAUCUCAGAAUUUACUGUUGACUGCUAUGGGAAAAAUGCAUUUCAAAUACUUUUUAAGGACUCCACAUUGGACUUGUCACAAGUAAUAUACAGUAAAUGUAAUACAUUUUAUAGAUAGUUUUUUUAUAGCAGUUUGUAAUGCUUUAUAUUUUAUUUGGUUAAAUGCAUGUUUUUGUUAGUUUAAUCAAGUAGGAUCAAAUGUAAUAUUUGUUGUGAAUGUUUUUACAUGUAUCCAUGUUUGAAAUAGCAACUUGGUUUGCAAUAUAUACCUACUCACUGCAAUAACAGAAACAAAAGGUGUAGGAUAUGAUUGGAAACAUUUUAUAUACAUACACAUGUAUACCAUGCAUUUAAUAUUUGAAGUUAUACUGACAGUAAUAAUAAUUACAUUGAAGAAUCAAAAAUUCUUUUCAAAGUAAACUUUAUGUAAAGUAACCUUUUAGUUAACCUUUACAUUGACAUUAUUUUGGAACAUUUUGACAUCUCUUUUAAUGUUGUAUGAUUAAUACAGUAGGUUACGUCAAAACAAAAAUUACUGACGAAACCUGUCAAGUUCUAUUAAGUUGCUUCAAAAUAUUUUGACAACCUGAUACAUCAGAUAUCAGUUUGUAAGAAUCUCAUUGUUGAAAUUGAUAUUGGCAAAAGGAAAUGUGUAAAAAUUAAAAUACAUAAACCAUUGUUUGUGUAUCUACUGUAGGUGUUACUGUUAUGUAAGCAGGCAUUCUUCCUCACCUCAUAAAAUGUCUCCUGCAAACAAUGUUACUUCAUAUAAUAAAAGCUGUAUGUAUAGAUUA